CAACGGACAGCUGGAACCUCAAUCGACCAAUCACAUUGCUUUUUUCAAGUUCUAUUGGCAACCCUGGGUUUAUUCAUGUUACACACCUAACAUAACACGGAGGUGUGUGCACACACACACACACAGUCAGGAAAUAUGUUAUACAUUUAGUAAUAUUAAAUAUAUGCAACACACAUUUGAGCAAACACGAAAAUUGCUGUUUUCAAAUACCUAAAAUUGUAAAGAAAAAAAACAAAACACCUAUCGGAUGAUUCUAACAUUGGCGUUAUUUAAGCUACAUUCCACGUAGCACGUACCUCUUCCAAGCAAGCACAAGCUGAAACAAGAAGAUAUUGUUCACAGGGUGUCUCAGCCCACACCCGUUUUUGUUAACUGUGUUCCUACAAUGGCCGGACUUGUAGUCGGUGUACUUACUGUUUUACUGGCGAUAUUAGCUGCUUGGUUUCUAUUUUUCACCAGAAGAAGGCGAGAAGAUGAACCUCCUCUAGAGAAUGGCUGGCUCCCUUAUUUAGGACUUGCCUUUCAAUUUGGGUCAAAUCCUCUUGAAUUUCUCCGAUCAAGACAAAAGAAAUAUGGUGAUGCUGUCACAUGUAAAAUAGCUGGGAGUUACUUUACAUUCAUUCUUGACCCAUUCUCAUACGGUGCUGUGUUUCGAAAUGGGAAAAACUUGGAUUUCCAAAAGUUUGCCAUUGAAACCUCAAGGAAGGUAUUUGGUCAUGCAGACUUCACUGAUCCCAAGUACAAUUUAACCUAUGAAGAACUACAUCACGUUUUUCGUCAAACCCUCCAGGGCCCAGCCUUGCACCCCUUAACAUCUAACAUGAUGGAGAACCUGCAGUUUGUGAUGUUAAGAAGCAAGACUUCGGCAUGGACCACAGAAGGACUAUACACCUUUACGUUUCGAAUCAUGUUUGAAGCUGGUUAUCUGACACUGUUUGGAAAAGACGAGAAGGCACUGAGGGAUGAUACAGAACAGUUUGAGGCCCACAAGGUUUUAAUACACACAGCCAUGAAUGAUUUCAAAGUGUUUGAUAAAGCUUUCCCACUAAUUGUUGCAGGUUUACCCAUAGGAAUUAUCAGAGGAGUAAAAGCAGCAAGAGAAGCCUUAGCUGAAAGACUUCAGCACAAGUACCUAAAGAAGAAUAGCAGUUUGUCAGCACUGAUAGAGCAGAGGAUGCAUUUUUUUGAUCUAGUGCCCCACCUUGAUGAGCUGGGCAAGGCUAGAACUCACAAUGUCAUGCUGUGGGCAUCACAGGCUAAUACCCUUCCUGCAACUUUCUGGAGCCUGUAUUAUAUGCUAAGGUCACCUGAAGCAAUGCAGGCAGCAAAAACUGAAGUUGAGAAUAUGCUUCAAGAAACUAAUCAGAAGUCUGGAGAUACUGAAAAACCAGUUAGCUUUUCUAAAGAUCAGCUUGACAACAUGCCAGUAACAAGCAGUAUAAUAGCUGAAGCUUUGCGUCUGUCCAGUGCCUCCAUUAUGAUCCGUAUUGCUACUGAAAACUUUACAAUGACCUUGGAUUCAGGUUCAAAGAUAGCUAUUCGCAAAGGAGACAGGGUUGCCCUCUAUCCUCAGAUGGUACACUUGGAUUCUGACAUAUAUGAAGAUCCUGAGGAAUUCAAGUUCAAUAGAUUCUUGGAUGAAAAUGGACAGAGGAAAACUACUUUCUACAAAAACGGUAGAAAAUUCAAGAAUUACCUGUUGCCGUUUGGAUCUGGCAUUAGCGAGUGCCCAGGCCGCUUUUUUGCAGUCAAUGAGAUAAAGCAGUUUCUGGCUUUGGUUCUGUGUUACUAUGACAUGGAACUGCAAGGUGAGGAAACCCUGCCUCUGGACAACUCUCGGGCUGGUCUUGGAAUACUGCAGCCAAAACAGGAUGUUCUGUUCAAAUACAAACUAAAAAACACAGCUACUGUAUGAGUAACAGAAUGUUUUUGUCUAGGAUGAGGAUAAAGCAAAUUUAAAUGUAAACAGUGUUUAUUUUCUCACAAACCCAACUGCAUUAUUUAUAAUACUGUAUUUCAACUGUUAGCUAUGCAAGCUCUAUUACACAAAUAUGCUAAUUGGAAAUAUCACGAGUUCAGCUAACUGUAUUAGUUUAAACUGUAUCUCGUUUGACUGAAGCCAGCCCCCCUUGUGGUGUGCUUUCUUGUUAUUUCAUAUCAACAAAUAGAGAAAUACAGUAUUGAAAACAGUGAAUUAGUGAGGGCUCUUACAGUUAUGUAUAGUGCAUGUCACAUUUUCACUCAACAUGACCAAACUAAUUAGUGAAUUGUCAAAUUGUGAUUUUUUUUAUUUUUUAUUAUUUUUUAUUAAUUGCUAGUAGAAACUGUUUGGUAUAGUGGGAAAUAUAUAUAGAGAAUACUGCGUGGGGUAGUUUAUGAUAAAGAGAAUUUACCACACCCGAGAGCAAAGCGUGAGGGGUUUAUCCAAGCAUCCCACCCCGAGGUGGUUUUGAAGGAAACUGCAUAGAAGUUUCACUAUCUCAAUUAAAGUCUGCAGCAGGAUACUUUACUUUUUUUGUAUGGGAUGCCUUGUGUUAAAAAAAAAAAAAAAGCGUUAAUAUUUUAACAUGUCCUUUUUUCCAGAUUAAACUUAAAUCUUGUAUUUUUUCACCAGAUUUAUAAAUCUUGUGAAAAUAAAUCUUUUUUUUUUUUUUUUUUUUUUUUUUAAAUGGGUACAUUCAGAUAUAAUUUAUAAAUGUAGUUACAAGAUUUAACAUUUAGCUAAAUGUUGAACUAAAUAUUUAGGAGCAUAUUUUUCAAGAUUUAUUCUGACACCAUAUUGUGUUUACUUUAGUUGGCUAGUAUUUUGUUAUCACUGCAAUCUUCAGAAACUACACAGGUAAGUAGUUUAAACGAAAUAGGAACUUUGUUUUCAUGCACACAAGUCGUACCUAACUGAGCAUGUUCCACUCUGAUUUUGAAGACUGCAUCAGAUCCUAUUGCCUGACCAUAUUACUGUUUGUAUCUACAUAGGGAGUUCUGGACUGUACCAUCUUUUGCUAUUUCUUUAACAGUACAGCAUCAAUGCUACAUACAGUGCAAGGUUUCAAAGUUUUAUAUACAUUUUAAUCAUUUUUAAAUACCCCUUUAAAUGGUAAAGAAAACAAGAUAACAGACUGGUUCUUUUGUGGUUCAAAGAGCUCCUUUGAUCUUGGGCAGAUGAAAAGUGGAUUUUGAGUAUAUAUGUUAAAGGCUCAAACUCAACUAAAACUGGUUCUCACACACAAAGAAAUCGGCUCACAGGAUGUCGCCUGGCGUGACUCCAAGAAAGUGGGGCUGGCUUUGUUCUCUGUGUAACUAUGUGGACUUGUGUUUCAUUACUGUCAGUAUAUUUCCAUGUAGGUCCUGUAGGUUUGGGACCUGAGUCCUGUAGGUUUGAGACCUGCAGUUUUGUUUGUAUGUGAUUGUGUUCUGUAUUGUCUUUUAGAUUUGCUUUGCUCCUAAAUUAAACUGUUUUGAUUGAAGAUUACCUGAAGAAGACUGACUUAUUAUUUUUAAUAAGAAAACUAACCUUGCAUUACUUAAAAAUGAAACUGGUCAACGUAGACACUUCUGUGAAGUUGUUCAAUUAACUGAGCUUCUGCUCAAAUAGCUGCAAGAUUUAAUGCCUAGAUAUGGGGAAAUCUGUACAAUUCCACAUAUAGGUAAGAUGUUUGAUACAUACUACUGUGGUAAUUACAUCUGAUUCUAUUCCCCCCAAAAUACAAUUAAGGUAACACAAAAACUGCCCAUGUAAUCAUACCUUACAUUAGUUAUGUGGAAAUGUACGUUUUGCAAUUUUUUUUUCAAAGCUGUUGAUUAGUAUUUCCCAAACAAAUACAAAAAUAGUAUGUUUUUUGGCCCCAGGACAAAUCUUUAAAAUCCAUGAUUUUUGACCUUCAUAAGCCUGUUUUCUCAUGUCUGAAAUUCUGCAUUAAAUGUAUAUUGAAUUACUGACUAAAUUAUGUGUACUAUUAUGUAUCAAAGUUUCAUUUUCAUGAUUGUGUGGCCAUAGGAUUGUCCAUCAUAACAUAAAUAAUAAUAAAAGGAUAUUAAGUACUAUAAGGAACAGCCCAUAUUAUUAAAGGGUACAUAAGGACCUUUUCAUUUAAUU